AUGCCGUCGUCGACAUUUAACCCGCGCCAGCGCCUCUCGAUCUUGACCAACGCCUCGCUCGGCCACGACGUCAGCGCCGCAUUCCAGGCCUCGUCGUCGUCGCAGCAGGAGCGCGCGCACGUGUACGGCGAGACCGCCGCGCCACCGCCCAGUCCGAUUGAUUUCUCGUUCCCCAGCAGUGUGCAGGGGGAGGAUGCGCGGCGGCGGACAUCGUCGCAGCACACCAUCCUCUCUCCUCACUCUCUUAACUAA